AUGAAAACAAUUUUGCCCAACUAUCACGCCCUCGUUCGUGUUUUCUUGUGCCUGUGUCUGAUGAGCGACAAGUAUCCAUUCCAACAACAAGAUCUAGGCUCUGAUACUGCCGCGAUUGCGUCGAAUUGGCCGUGCUGUCUGUCGCCGAACCCGCAUCGAUGCCGGCUCGGAACUCGGCGGCUUCGGGGCCGGCAUGUUCCCCGGCGCAACGAUCUAGAACUGCCGGGCGGUGCUUAA